AUGACCAGGAGGAAGGGCAAACCCGAUGAUCGUGGGGGUACAUCCCUGAACGAUCGCACGGCUCCCGAAUGGAUGGACUCAACCGGGGAACACGGUCCGCUGACCGUACUCCUGAUGACUCCAGCCCACCUAGAAGGUAAGCUACCCACGAACCCCUUCACCAUCGCCCGAUCGGUGAAAGAGCAGAUCGGGGCUAUCACAGCGGCGUACCGGGACAAAGAUGGCCACCUGGUCAUUAAGCUUAAUCAAGCGACGUGCAUUGUCACCUGCCAUACGGUUGACGAACUCUCCGACGAGGAGUUGGCUGAGGAGCUCGCGGACCAGGGCGUGAUCCACGUCCACCGGUUCGGUCGAAAAGGUGGAAGAUCGGCAACUAUGUCCGUCACCUUCCGCGGGACUGUGGUGCCAAGGGAUAUCCACUUCGGUUUCGACCGCUGUGCCACACGGGAGUUCAAGCAAGCACCGAUGCAGUGCUACCGCUGCUACGACUUCGGCCAUACGAAGCCGCAAUGCUCUGCAGAGGAGCUGUGCAGGAAUUGCUCGAAGGCUCACACCAUCGAAAAGGACAGCGACGGCAAGACUAUCUGCUCAGCAGCACCUAGUUGCAAACACUGCAACGGGGCGCACUCGCCGACCAGCCGCAUGUGCCCUAAAUACGUUGAGGAGGAGGAGAUCAACGAAAUCCGCACGAAGGAGGAUAAAUCGGCGCGGGAAGCCCGCCGACUAUUCCACGAACGGAAGAAGCUGAAGAAGGAGCUGGAAGAGACAAAACACACGCUCAAGAAGGCCCUCACCAAGAUCGCCAGCUUUAAGCAGGCCAGGGCAGCGGAACGGAAACAGAACGAGGAAAACCAGCAGGCGCUGAAGAAGGCAGCCGCACAAACGGACGGAUCAAACCUAGAGAAGACACCUGCCAAGCCGAACUCCGGAAGUGAGUUGGACAUGGAGGUCACGGAAGAGACUAACAAAAGACCGCGUCCCGAGUCGUCCCCCAGCGAAAGCAGUGACGAUGACGAAAACGACGACGAUGACGAAAAUUACGACGAUGACGAAGACGAGGACAGCGAAGACAGCCAAAAGAAUGCGCCAGCGGCGCCCACUAAGAUCGUUAACGAGAAAGCACCAGCGGCGCCUAUUAAGGCCGCAAAGGAACCCCCGAAACAAACCAAAAAACCAGCGACUACCGAAACGACCCUCAAACCCAACAACGCCAAAGGAAAACCAAACCCCAAAACCACCAAGAAACCUAAACUCGGAUCGGGUCAAGCUGACUCGGCCCCCAACAACAACAAGAACACCCGGAAGCAGUGA